GAUACGCCUCCCGGAUCAUCGACCGCACGACGGAAUUCCUAUGGCAGCGUGCUCUACCAAGCCUGAUACAGGGAGAACAGAAGCCUUCAGCGUCAACGAGCCAGGUGCACAUCGUUGGUGACGUGGCGCUGCCGGACAUGGUACAGCAAGUAUUUAAAUGUGGGCCGAAGUUCGCGACUCAGCCAAAGAAGUAUCCUCCCGAUCUGUUGGCAAUGGUGCAAGUGUCAAACUGGAAAAGGGAGCAACCGAAGAAACACACUCGCCACGCGGCACGCUCUCUCGCUUUCCACGCGCACAAGGCGACCACGUAGAAGGAUCACGGAGCACACGACGAUGAGACGCUGGGUUUCCGAGGACACCACGACCACCGCAACGCACGAUGACAAAGACUUCCGCAGCGCCUCGACCGGCACCGCGUACACGGCAGACGAGACCCCGAGCGCCAGCUUCGCUCGAGCUGAGACGCCCACGGCCCCCGCUCAAGAUGUGUCUCUCGGACAGCUCACGUACAGCAUCAACUCCAGCCUGCCGUCCUCCGCACAGUGCAAGGCGCCGCCGUGCGAAAGGCACCAGCGGCUGCGCGCCGUAAGGCACCGAGGCUGCCAGUCAGAGGGGCAGCUGCGGCCGAUACUGCUCCCGCCGCCUCCGCGGCAGCCUGUCAACGCGACACCGCCGCUGCCUCCUGUCCCGGAAGGCCACCAACUGGGAACGACAUCGCAGCAGGCGCAUGGAGUGUUUCACCAGGGGCAAGGAGGACAGGGUGCGCAGCACCCCGCUGAGACGACGCAGUGGACUUCCGGGUCGUCGACCGGUUUCACCGCGGGCUCUGUUCCGCUGGUCCCGUGGCACUGGCGACGCUCGAGGUGCCGGCACGUUGCAAACAGCGACUCGAGCAGCUCCGCCACCACGAGCAGCACCAGCAGUAGCACGACCACCAGUAGUAGUUCGAGCAGCAGCGACACCGCGCCCGUUCUGUACGCAUGGGGAGGCCUCGUGUUUCCAUUUCGUUACUGA